GCUGAGGUCAAGAGGUCGCGCGCAGAGCGCCGGGGGUUUCCGGGGUCCGGGGCCGCGCUCCCUCCCGCCGCCGCCUUGUCCCGGCGGGGAUGGACGAGGACGGGCUGCCCAUCGUGGGCUCCGGCAUCGACCUCACCAAGGUUCCUGCUAUUCAGCAGAAAAGAACUGUAGCAUUUCUAAACCAGUUUGUGGUUCACACAGUGCAGUUUCUCAACCGCUUUUCUACUGUUUGUGAAGAGAAGUUGUCAGCACUUUCUCUCCGUAUCCAACAAAUUGAAACAACACUCAAUAUUUUGGAUGCAAAGUUAUCCUCUAUUCCUGGCCUAGAAGAUGUCAAAUGUCAAGUGUCCAGUGCAAAUACGAAUAGUGUUACAAAUGGUCCUGUGGCACAAGCUACUACGGAUCAACAGACAGCUGUAUCACCUCAGUCUGGACAGAACAAUAUCCAUGAAGAAGGGUUACAGAAAACAGAGGUAGUAACAGAAGAUGUUAGAACUGUGGCCAAGGAUCCAAGAUACGCCAGAUAUCUCAAAAUGGUACAAGUGGGUGUUCCUGUAAUGGCAAUAAGAAACAAAAUGAUUUCUGAAGGGCUAAAUCCAGAUCUUCUCGAGACCCCAGAUGCCCCUGUGCCUGCCUGGGGAGAUGAUGGGAAAGCAGAAGACAGUUCUGAUAGUGAAUCUUCAUUUAGUGACUAAAGAGACUGAUUUCAGCCUUUGGAAACCUCUGUUAAGUGCUAAUGUGUUUGGAGCUUUAGCAGACAAUGGUUUUGCGUGGGUCCUAUGGGUGAUGUGGUUUAGCUGACAGCAUUUUUAAGAACUAAGAUCCUACAUGUUGUCUCCCAGAAAGUUUGAACAAGCAUUGUGUCUCAUCCUCGAGCUUUCCACCGUGAAAAUUAAUCAUGAGAUCCUUGCAAUUUUAAUGCUGCAUCAUUUCGGAUGCCUUUCUGGUUCUCUGAAAUUAGUUUGCAAAAUUCUAAAAAUUCCAUGCCUCUAAACCACCUGGUCUCUUAGACUGCAUUCUUAUUUAUUGUUGGAUUUUCUAUCUAGCACUUUUAACCUAAGUUGCCUUCUUUCUGUCCCAUAACAUACAGGUAAAGUAACUUUUCAAUAUGAAAUUGUUCAAUUGUAAUCUGUUGGAACUGUAUUUUUUUCUAAUUUCCUAUAUUCUGAAGUGAUGCAACAAGAAUCACACAGAAGUCAGCUUCUGUGAUUGCAAGUGGUGAUUUCAAUUAGUAAUACUCUCUUUAGAGAGAAAGUAAAAUACAAGUGAAAAAUAUAUUAAACCCAAUGUGAAUCUGUUUUCAAACUAUAUACUGCUGUUCAAUAUCACAUUAGAGUCUGUGUGAAGUUAUUAAUGAAGUACCUGCUCUGUAGAAGAGUUGAUUUAUCUAAAUCAGGUUACAGUGGUGUAGAAAGCUACAGACAUUGCAAGAUGGGUUUGCAAAUGACACUGUGGAAGAAACAAGUGACUGGGAGAUUAUUAACGGAAAUACCAGAUUCUUACAAUUUGUUCCCAUGGGUCAGUAGGAAGCACUUUCUGAUUGCUCUUGGGCAUAUUUGAAAGAAGCUGUGGCUGAGCAGUUUGCGUAGGGUAAGAAAUCGCCUCCAAAUUGGUGCUGUUGCUGAUAAUUUUGGCAAAGCAGCGCAAAAUUCAGUUUGGAUAAUGAUGAAGCUGCCUUGUUACCUCUUGAGGUGUGCAUUUGGAACAAUAUGAAGAAAUCCACUUGGAGCCUGACUGCCCCUGAAGGCUUCCGUCCAAAGUACUUAAUCUAAUGCAUGAGUCAAAAAUGACAUUUCAUUAAAGAAUUUGCUUUAAUAUAGUUUGUUCCGCAUGAAAUUCUUCACAAUCUAUUUGAAUUCCCCAGAUUAUUGUAAUUAUACCAGAAUGUUGUGAGCCAGGCAGUCAUUGACUCUCUGGUAUUUCACAUUCUUCCUGAGACCGAGAAAAGACUAAAAUUGAAGGUCUAAGUAUAUAAAUUUGUUAGCUUUUAUGACCGAGUCAUUAUCUUAGUUAUUUAUUGCCCCUUCAGUAGGUUAGCUGCUUUUUUUCUCUGUAACUUAAGCAUAGCUGCCACUUGAGCCUAGCAAACCUGUUUAAGCUCUUCAUAACCUUCAAGUCACAGUAAUCCCUGAAUCCCUGUGGAAGCAUAUCUGCACUAACAAACGUCUAGCGAUGGUGUUUCAAUGAUGGGCUAAUUAUUAUUGAACACUUAAAAAUAUUCCGUAGUUAACACUUGGUAAAACCCGACAAAUAUUAACAUAUUAGCAAUAAGUAUUUCAAAAGUAAAUGUUAGAAUGUUAUUUCAGAAAGCAUAUAUUAUAACACUGGUGACUUUUUGAAAUCUAUAUUUGGAAACUCAUUGAAGCUAUCUAUAUAAUUAAAGCUAUGUUUUGUAAACCAAA